AUGGAACAAAGUCUGCUAUCAAUGCAUGAUUUCACAGAGAAACAUGAAUGUCUAACAACAGAAAAUGGUAUUGGAACAGUGGGAAUUAGCAAUUUUGCAAAGGAAGCUUUGGGAGAUGUUGUUUAUUAUAGUUUGUAUGAAUUUGGGACAAAACUGAAACACCAAAAUGAGUUUGGUGGUUUGGAAAGUGUGAAAGCUGCUAGUGAACUCUAUUCUCCUCUAUCAGGAGAAAUAACUGAAAUUAAUGAAGCCCUUGCAGGAAACCCAGGACUCAUCAACAAAUCUUGUUAUGAAGGUGGUUGGCUGAUCAAGAUGACACUGAGUAACCCUUAA